AUGAAAUUCACUGCCAUUACCGCAACAGUCGCUGCUCUUUUUGCUGCUGUCACUGCUCAAUCAGAAUACAUUGUAUCGCCCGAUAGGCAAUUGAACAUCUCUUCUCCUUUGAUGAAUGGUGUUUACGUAGCUGGUCAAAUUCUUCCUUUCAUCUAUACUCCUACUGUUGUUCCUUCCAACGUUCAAUUGAAUGUUUACCUUAGAAGUAUGACAGGUGUUUUCCCUGAACAAAUUGUUGCACAAAACGCCAACGUCGCCGCUGACCCUCUUGGCAGUGUUCCCAUCAACAUUGAUAACAUCAUGUACUACAAGCACUCUAUUAACUAUCCUAUUCCUUCUUAUACUCCCGCUGGUGCCUAUGAAGCUGUCUAUACCAAUCUAGCUGAUGGUAUCAGUACUAUUAUUCCUAUUGUUAUUCAACCCGGUCCUCAACCAUCAUCAUCUCGCGUUGUAGCUUCUUCUGCUCCUGCCACUGCUGCUCCUGCCACUGCUGCUGCUACUCCCAGUGCUUCUGCUUCUGCUUCCAGUGCUCCUGCUGCUUCCGCUUCCCCAGCUAAAUCCGCCUAA